CUUCAGCAUUGCCUUCUAGCGCACGAUACAACGACAUUCAUUUCUUGUUGAUACUUGAGUCGCAUCAUAUUCCCUUGCUGUAUAGGUUGAGCUGGGACGUGCUGAUUGUUUCUACUGUGAUACCCAUUUCUUUGUCACCAAAACCGAAAAGCACUUGAUUUUCUCGCAAAGUCGCACACUAUUUGGAUUGCGCAUACUCAUUUUCUAAUACAACUUGACUUGAUCACUUACUUUACGUGCUUGGAAGAUCUUUGCGAAGCAAGAUUAUUGUACUAUCAGAGUCCUCGAGGCGUUGGGACCGUGAAGCUCGCGGAAUAGCGUAUGAGCAUACGACUCUCCGACAAUCCUCGAACGGUCAUCUGAAAACAGCAACUCUCCCUCGAGUCCGGUGUCGCUCACUGAGAGGAAUACAACCUGCCCUUCACGAGUCGUUUGUCCUUGCAGGUCACCUUGCUUUGCACCUUUUGAUCUCGACAGUCCGGCAAGAUGGACCACCUCUACCCAUACCCAAAAAUGGGAUCAUCCUUUCUGGAAAUCCUGCAAGACUCACUAACCCGCAAACUGCUCGGCUUCGAAGCCAUCCACGCCGAAAAGACACCCUUCAUCAGCGGCGUCACCUCACGCCUAAAGUUUCUCUUACAAGACGCCUUAACACACCUUUCAUUCAUGAAGAUCGGGUACACGGCGCUCGAAGCAUUUCUGCAAUCCAAUUGCACAGGCCCACCAUUGGACUUUGACCCCGAGACAACGAUCAUCCCAGAAAUAUAUCACGACGAGCUCGAGACCCUGAGACGGUCACUAUUUGAGUACUUAGCUGUCGAUGGCAUCCGGCCCUACCACUUGACACCGCAUAUCGAGCUGUUCUGGCUGGCCCAAGUAAUCUUUUCGAAUCCCGCGCUGGCCGAGGAGGGGUUCAACGGCCGACGAGCGCGGUUCAGAUUGGACUUUUGGCAUCAGAAAUUAUUCUCGGAGGAAUCGCCGACGCUGAGGGAUCGGAUAUACGCUGAUGCCGAGGUCCUUGAGCGCCAGCUUUCCUCGCGAGUUGAGGGCCACGCUGCGGCUGCUGAGGAGCAUUUUGUCGAGUUUCUGGUUGAGAGAGCGGUGGUGAGGACGUACUAUGGCGAUGAUGCGCUCGCCAGGACGGACCUCGCGAGGGCGGCAGGCGUGCGGGACUUUCAAUUUGCCUUGACCGGUGCGCUGGGCAAGAGAACGAAAUACCAGGGGAAGGAGACGAGUCAGCUUGUCGUGCUGGCGAGGAGUCGAGACGGUGAGGUUGGACCGGACAACGACGAGGAGCAGCAGCAACAAGAGAAAGAGCAAAAGCAAGAAACCAACGGCACAAGCACCGAUCAUACUAAUCCGUUGGACUCAACAUCACAACCUCCAUCGACAGAAGACGUCCCUACCAGACCCACGAAUCUGCCCCUGAACGACGACACCCUGCUCGAACAAAUCCGCUUCAAUGCCCCAAUCGAGUCAAGCAUGACGAAGAUCUCAGAGUCACUUCCCGAGACACUAGCAUCUCUAGACCCAGCGGCGCCACAACCACUGCUCUCGCCAGUGGACAGCAUCAUCCUUCUCGCCACGGCGAGUUCCAUAACCAAUACGUCGCCGGAUGAUGGACUGAUCAGAGAAGAAACGUUGCCCUAUGCGACGCGCGUGCUCGAGGGCGGCUCCUCAAAUUGGCAGGUCUAUACACAGGCUUUGCUUGUGCGAAGUCGGAUUGAAGGGUACCGCUCCCGGACUGCAGAGCGAGGAUUGUUGCAGCUACAGGCGUUGGUUGAUCAGGUUGUUGCUGAGACCACGCCAUCUAAGACAGAGGAAGCCAGCGAGAGUAAUACUGCCGGACGACCUACGUUAGACUCAACGGCGACAACAUUCCUCCCACGGCCCAAACCUUCCGAAUCAGCCACCCCAGCCGAACGCCUGAAGUACAUUUACCAGCUCUCACCGCCAUACAGAUGGGAACUCGAAGCCGAACUCGCCGCGCGCUGGACGCACAUGGGCGGAUUAAAGACGGCACUCGAAAUCUACGAACGUCUGCACAUGCACGCCGAAGUCGCGCUGUGUCUAGCUGCGACGGAUCGUGAAGCAGAAGCCACGAAACUUUUGCGUGGCCUUGUGUUCGAUGACACGAGCACCACGGCUAAGACAGGGGAAGAGAGCUUACGCAAACCCUCACCCGCCGACACUCCACGUCUACUCUCCAUCCUAGGCGAUUUUGAUGGGCAGCCGGAGUACUACAAUCUCGCAUGGACGGUGUCAGGAAACAGAUACGCACGUGCUCAGCGGUCGUUAGCAAGGUAUCAUGCGAAACGACGGGAGUUUCAGUCCGCGAGAGACGCGUAUCUGCUUGCGUUGGGUGUAUCACGAAUCGAUCGCCAAAGUUGGUUCGCGUUGGGUUGCACACAAUUGGAACUCGAGGACUAUCUAGGCGCGGUUCAGUCAUUUACUCGGUGCGUGCAGCUCGAGGAUGACGAUGCACAGGCGUGGUCGAAUUUGGCUAUCUCUUUGCUCAAACUACCUAAGCCAACCGUCACGCCAAUACCUUCAAUUGUACUUGCCGAUGAAGAUGUCGAUAAUGGAGAUGAUGGUGCACAGGCGAGUGUCCCGGAUCCGUACCAGCACGUCCGUGAGGCCUUGCGCGCGUUACGGCGCGCGGCGACGCUGAAACGAGAUGACGCGCGGAUCUGGGAUAAUUAUCUCACCGUUGCCGCGAGUCUGCCUCCUCAUGCGGGCACACCGUGGGCGGAGAUCGUGCAGGCGAUGGGACGGGUCAUCGAGUUGCGCGCCAAAAAGGAAGGAGAGGGUGCUGUGGAUCUUGCGAUAUUCAAAGUGCUGGUUGAGUAUAUUACCAGCACUUUUGCGUACCCUACUACCGACGAGGAAGCCGGAUCGGAAGAGGCAACGGACGUUGGCGAGAAUACGGCAGCGGAAGCAGCAGAUGCAAAUGAUGACACCAAUCCUGCCGUGGCCCCGGCCACCGACACAGGGCCUGGAAAGUCAAAACUGCCGCACAUAGCCAGAGCGUUCCUAAGCCUAGUUGACACGCAGAUCGUACCACUCGCAACUUCAUCAUCGACGCUCUACGAAUUACUAGCCGACGUAAGUCUUUGGCGCCGCCGACCUGCCCAAGCACUGCUAUACGCUGAGAAGUCAUGGCGGGCGUUUCUGACGCAGGUGUCGGCUGUGGAGGAAUUUGAUAACGUGUCUGAAAAGCAGUGGGGUAGUGUCGUUGACAAGACGAUCUGGCUGAUGCGCAAGUAUCGCGACCUCGGGCCCACGGAGCGAGAGAGGACAGGAGGACAAGUCGAGGCGAAGUGGAGGUUCAAAGCGAAGAGUGCGGCGAGAAGAGUGCUGGGACGAGGGAAGGCCUGGGAAGGGGGCGAGGCUUGGGAGCGGUUGAAGGGGGAGAUUGAUGAGUUGAAGGAAUAAGUACCCGUAGCCUCCCAGCAAAGGUCUCACGGAGGUCGUAGUAGUGUCCUGGUAGCGAAAUGCAAUGAAGUGAGGUCCAUUACGAUUGGAAUGAGGCUGGUCAACGUACAGACGUCCAGUCCUGUAUUGAGUCGCCAUGGUAAACGUGCCAAUCUUGAAAUACAGGCACUCAUCGGCGGCGACGUCCGUGCCGG